CUUUGCAGCUUUGCUGCAAUCUAGCCUCAACUUCCUUUAAGCCAUGACUACUAUAAUGCUCAAGAACAGGUAAAGUUCAUUUUCUUGUAAAGGCAAGGAGUUCUUAUUGCCAGAGGCAUUGUAGUUGAUUUAAUCUCAGGGUGCUAACCACAAUUUCUUGGAACGAAGCAGAGUUUCCAGGUGUCAAGAAUGAUAACAGAAAGGCUACAACUAGCUGUGUCUGGAGACACAAUGAUAAUGAAAGAAAUAUAGCUUGCUGUACCACAACAGAGUCAAACUAUCAUACUAUGAACAUGCUUACAGAACAGAACUUUGGGUUUCCUGUCACCGUCCUUGUCAUAUCAUAGCAAGUUGGGUGUGUGAGAGAAGAGAGGAACCAGGGCAAAAUGUUGUGGCAUACAGUAUUUCCUGUUUUAAAAAGAGAGAGAGAGAAAACAGCAAACUGACCUCCUCCCAAUGAAGAUGUAAGUUACAGCAUGUUAGUACUUGAUAAGUGAGCAGGCAUCUUCUCAUUUGUGCCUCAGCAACAGCCAGAGCCCAGCCUGUCUGAUCCUUGAUGAACUCACUUCAGGCCUGCUACAGAAAAACCAAGGAAGUUUUAUCUCCAGUAUAUUUGAAAGGCAUUAUGCACGUGUGGCUUGUGCAAUCAGUAUGAUAACUGAAACUUGCAAAUACCAUUGUCGCCAUGUGCCUCUGCAUGAAAGUUAUGAAGAAAAAUAUGAGCGCCGACAAGAGAGGCAUGAAAAUUUGCGCAGGAGGAACAACAUAACCAUAUGCCGCCAGGUGGCUAAACGCCCAAGCAAAGAGCCCAAGGAAAUACUCCAAAGUCCCCGACAAAAAGAAUUCUUCAGGAGAAGAAACUUAAUAACUGAAGAGCAAGGGAAUAAACAAGUGAGGUCACCUCCUGGCAGAGCGGCAUCUCUAUUUCUUGAGAAUAAAAUGGAAUAUUUUGCAAAAGUAUCAUCUGGAAGGUUUAUGAGAUCAUCUUCUACAAAUCAGGUGUCUUGGAAUAACUCCACCUCCCACCUUUCUCCUAACAAGUCUGUAGAGCAGAGUUUCAGUGAUGGGUUUGCACACAGCAGCUUCAAUUCCUGGGGGAACUCUUCUGAAAACAAGGCCAAUGUGAAAGUUUCUAAAAGUUGCAAAGGUACCCAAACUAUAAAUGAGCUGAAUGCACUAAAGAAAAAUGCAGGGCAACAGACAGACUGUGGAAUAGCAGUUUCAGAUGAGGAAAUAAUUCAACUUUCUAACUACCUGAAGGAGGCCCUACAUCGAGAACUACUGCUAAAGAAAAAGUUGAUGAUCUUACAGGAACUUCUAGUCAUGUUGCUGCAGGCAGCAGAGAAAUCUUGGAAGGGUCAGAUAAAUGAAGACAAACUCAAGAGCAGAGUGAGUGUGUUAGAGAAUCAGCUGCAGACUUCCACCCAGAUUUACUCAAAGCAAGGUUUGAAGAAAAUUCUGCUGGAGAUGGAGGCCCAGAAGCAGAACUAUGAGCAAAAAGCAAAAGACUCUCUUCAGAAAUUACUUGAGGAGAAACUGCAAGCAGAAAGACAGCUCCAAAAUGCCCAGAGAGCAUUAGCUGUUGUAGAGGAAGACUGCAGCCUCUGGAAAGAACAUUAUAAUACAAUAAAAAAUGAUUGGAGCCAGCUAGCUGACAAGCACAUGGAACUAGAAAACAAGCUUCGUGUCUUGGAGAACAAACUGCAGUGGUCAGACGCUCAGAAUGCUCAACUGCACCAAGCUCUGCAGAACUUGGAGGGUGAGCGUGUCACUCUCAUCUCUAAGAUUGAUGCCUUACAAGAAGACAGCAGGCUCACAACAGAGCAUGUUAGUGCAAUGGAAGGCAGGCUGAAAAUUGAAGAAAGACAGAAGCUAGCAUUGGAGGAAACAAUUAAACAUUUGCACAGCCAGAAUAUACCCAUAAACAAUCAAGUCCUCAGCCCUGCCAGAGAUGAACAGUGUGACUUGUCAAAGGACCACAAGAGGGCGAAAGAGAACAGUCUGCAAGACCAGCUGCAAGAGAGAACAUCCCAGUUUACAACUAAGGAAGAAGAGUGCAGAGAUCUUCAAUGUGAACUAGAAGUCCUGAGUCAUGAGUAUCACAGCUGCCUGAUGAAGUUACAACAGUGUAGAGAUGAGCUCAUUCACUCUCAGAGGAAACACACAAAAAGGCAACAUAAUCACUGGAUCCCCCUCCUAUUGGUGGUGAUGGCCACAGCUACGGCAGCCUACUUAGCUAACUUUAUACCCUGAGUAAACUCUUCAUCUAGUUUUGCUUGUGUUACUGGCUUUGCAUUAUGCCAUUCUAGAUUACCUGUUUUUGUACUAAACAUCCUAAAAUAUUUCUUGUAAUAUAUUUAAUAGGUUGUUAGGCUUGUUGGUCUUUAAAAAAAUUCUGAGGGUUAGCUAUUGCUGUUCCUCAGCUUUGGCAGUUUUUUUUAAUUAAAGAUUAUGUUCCAGAA